AUGAAUUGUCUGUCAAUUGUAUUGGUUAUUGCAUUAGUCGGUUACUCACUGGGUGCACCACAGUACGGUGAAUAUGGUUUAGAAGAAGAACACGAACAGAUCAACCCAAAACCUCAAAAUGGUAGCAACCAAAGAAAUGGUAACAACCGAGAAUAUGGUAACAGCCAAGUACAAGGUGAAGGCACCAAAGGUGGUAGAAUUCAAGGUCGUGGUAGCAAUCAAAGACAGGGUGAAUACCGACAACCGGAACAUGGUGGAUAUCCUGCACCAGAACAACAAUAUGGCAAUAAUCCAGGAUACGGUGUGGGUUCACAACAAUACAGACAAGUUGAACAGGGUCCAAAUAAUCAGGGACACGUUUUUAAUUGCUACUAA